AUGGAAUGGACUUGUGAGUAUGUAUCGGCACAAAGUCUCGCAAAUGCAGAUGGCAAAGUUCAAUGUGCAUUUUGCAGAGGAAUUAUCAGUGAUUGGAAACAAGGCGAUCGUCCUUUAGGAAAGCAUUCACUUGAAUUCCCUUUAUGUCCAUUUAUUAUGGAAAUGGAUGUGGGAAAUGUACCAAUAGGUUUGGAUCCUAUUAAAAAUCCAAACAACAUUGUAUGUGGAAAUGAAUUGCCAAUUGAUAUGAUCGUUGAUCGUCAAAAUUAUCAUACUUAUGAAGCCCGAGUGGCUUCAUUCAAUUCACAUGAACACUUAUUUCCUAUAAAUAUUAAAUUAAUUGCCGAGGCGGGGUUAUUUUAUACAGGACCCGGCGACCGCGUAAAUUGUUUUAAUUGUUUUGGAGGACUUAUCUGCUUUGAGGCCGACGACGACCCUUGGGUUGAACAUGCUGGGUAUUAUCCAACUUGUGAAUUUGUCAAACAAGAAAAAGACGCUGAGUUUAUCAGCAAAUCUAUA